AUGAUUGAGAAAGAAAUGAGCCUAAAUUGCAAUUAGAAACACAAGUAAAGAAUAGAGAAAGUCAGUUCAGCUCCAUAAUUGAAUAAAAGUGAUAAAUUAUUAUGUUAUACAUCUUUAUUGAACCCAAAGUUUGAUGAUAAAUAAAUUAAUUUUAAUGCUAUUUUUUAAGUGAUAUAAGUUAAAUAUAAAUUUAAGAAGUAGCAAUUCGAAAAUAUAAUACUAAUUUAGGAUAAAUAGAACAACUUUAAAGAGAUCCUUGUAUUUUUUUAAGUAAAUUAAUUUAACAGUCUGUUAAGAUAGUUUAGUUUACAAAUGAAUGGAUUUAAAUAUUAAAUAAUUUGUUUAUUAAACUGUUAAAUAUAGUUUAUUUGAUCCAAUUUAUAAUUUAAUUGGAAAUGACAAGAUAAUAUUUGAAAAUCAACAAAAUUUAUUUAAAUUAAUUAACUCAAUUAAUGAUAAUAUGUUGAUAAUGUUAUUAAUUAAAUAUCAAAUUUAGAAUAAAAGGAAUUUUUAAUCAAGAGUUUUGAGAAUUUGAAACUUAAUCUAGUUAAUAUUAAUUAAGAAUAAGAUAAAUAAAUACUGUUACUCAAGAAUAAAAGUAGAAUGAGGAAAGUUAUAUAAUAUAAAUAGAUAAUAUUUAUAAAUAAUAAAACCUACUACCAUUUAAUGGAAUUGUUAAAUUAGUACAUAUUUAAACUUUAAACUUCUUCAAAAAAUAGAGUAGGCCAGCUCCGUUUAAUAAAGAUAGAAGUCUUUUUAUAUCAUCUGAUUAUUUAAAUAAUAUUACUAUUUAGCAUUUUGAGAAUGGAAAGCAAGACCAUUUAAGAACAUUUGACCUUCUAGAAGUAUUAAAUGUAGUCUAUAAUAUAACCUUUACAGGUAUAAAUGGUUGAGGAAUUUAUAUGUGGGUAUAAAUUAAUGAUUGGGAGUGGAGAAGAUCAUAAUUUUAUUAGAAACAUGAGUAUUGGAUAAAUUAUAUGA